AUGGUCCGCCUCAAAAACCGCUACCUCCUCCUAGACAUCCUCUACCCCGACUCAACCACAUGGCCCUCCACAAAAACGGUGUCCAGCGGACCACACGCCGCCCAACUAGCCAUCCACGCACCGACCUCUGACGCGUUGACGCCGGGGUUACUGGCGAAGAUGAUCCGCGAGGAAGUCGGGGAGAUGUAUGGGGAUUGGGGGGUGGGUAAAUUGGGGGGUGCUUCUGCGACGGGGGUUCAAGUGAAAUAUCUCUCCCCGGCUACAUCAACAGCCAUAAUUCGGUGCCCCCGCGCCUCAUUCCGCCUCGUCUGGUCCGCGCUCACGUAUAUGACUCACGCCCCCGCCGUGACGGAACCCGGUACAGGCGGAGCUGGACAGAGGAGGCCGAAUGGAGGGCGGGAACGGCCGUGUGUAUUUCGGGUUUUGAGGGUUUCGGGGACGAUGCGGAAGGCGGAGGAGGAGGCUAUUCGGAGGGCGAGGCGGGAGAUUGUUCGUGUUAGGGGGUUGGAGGAGAAGGGGGUUUUGGGGGAUUUGAUUUCCGGGGUUGAGAGGGGGAAUGUGAAGGCUGUUAUGACUAGUGUUAUGGAUGAGGAUGAGGAUGAGGGGAUGUUUGAUGAUAGUGAUUGA